CCGUUAACAAGGUUUAAACAGAAGCACAGCGGCUAGCCUAGCAAACAACAAACAAACAAACAACAAACAAAAACACAACUUCACAGAAGAGGCAGUGAGUUCUCUGCAGACCUCAGACACCCCGCCGAACAGACUGGUGUGCUGUGACUGAGAGGAAACAUGGCCACUGUACUCAUCCAGCCCAACUACAUCUUCGGUCUGAGGACCGGCGUCACCAACAAUCUGUGUUUCUUCGACGAGCAAACUGUCGUCUUCCCCUGCGGGAACAACUGUGUGCGUUACAACAUCAACCUGGGAAGCCAGAAGCUCAUUCCAGGCACAGAGAGGAGCCAGGGCAUGCAGGCUCUGGCCAUCAGCGCCAACCGCCGAUACCUGGCCGUGGCGGAGCGCGGCGAGAAGGCCAGCGUCACCGUGUACGACCUGCAGCACGAACAGGGCAGGAAGAGGAAGGUCCUGAGUGCAGAUGACAACAACAUUCAGGAGUUUGUGUGCUUGGCUUUCUCCCCUGAUUCCAAGUUCCUGAUUGGCCAGGCCGGCGCCCCCGAGUGGACGCUGACGCUCUGGCUCUGGGAGAAACAGAAAGUCAUGGCAACUGUCAAGUCCAGCAGUUCAAAUAACCCUGUAACACAGGUCAGCUUCAGCCCUCACAACAACACUCAGAUGUGUGUGAGCGGCGCCGGUGUGUUCAAGCUGUUCCGGUACUCAGAGGGCACGCUGAAGCUGACCAACUCCCCCAAGGUGGACUCCAUCAACCUCCUGUGCCACGCCUGGGCCGCAGAGACGCGGGUGAUCGCCGGCUCCGACACGGGCAGGCUGCUGGUGUUUGAGUCGGGAUACCUGCGCAGGGAGAUCCGAGACACGGCCAAGCCUGAGCAGCAGGAGUCUGACAGGCAAACAGAGAUGGAGAAAGUGGAGGACGGUGAGGAGGGGGAGAGCCCCGUCGCUGCUUGUGUGACCGCCAUCCUGUCCUACUCCAAGGGGCUCAUCUGCUCCACGGGCCCCGGCACCGUCUGCCUGUUUGAGAAGACUGAGGAGGACGGCUACAGGAAGACCAAGGAGAUACGGAUCCGCCCUGACCCGUGCAGUGAGGACCCGGCCCAGGCCGAGCUGCAGCAGAUCAGCACCGUGUGUGUGAGUCCGUCAGAGGAGACGCUGGCCGUCAGCACGGAGGAGGGGCAACUCUACAGCAUCAGCCUGUCCUCUGUUGAGACCAGCAAGGGGGAGCAAGUACAUUUCGAGUUCCUGUCCCACUCCUUCCACUCCAAGCCCAUCACAGGCUUGUCCACCUGCAUCCGCAAGCCCCUGGUGGCCACCUGCUCCCUGGACUGCUCCGUCCGCAUCUGGAACUACCAGGGAAAGACGCUGGAGCUUCACAAGGGCUUUGGGGAGGAGGCGUACAGCGUGGCCCUGCACCCCUCCGGCCUCUUCAUCCUGGUGGGCUUCACCGACAAACUCAGGAUGAUGAACCUGCUGAUCGACGACAUCCGGACCAUCAACGAGUUCUCUGUGCGCGGCUGCCGAGAGUGUGCCUUUAGCCAUGGCGGCCACCUGUUUGCUGCUGUAAAUGGAAACGUCAUUCACAUCUACUCGGUCACCACCUUUGAGAACGUUCUCAACCUGAAGGGCCACAGAGGGAAGGUGCAGUCCGUCCGCUGGAGCCUGGAUGACAGCCGCUUGGUGUCGUGCGGGAUGGACGGCGCCGUGUACGAGUGGAACACACACACCGGCAGACGGGAGUCGGAGUGCGUCCUUAAGUCCUGCAACUACACAGACGUCGCCUUCUCUCCGGAUGCCAGGGCGGUGGUCGCCGUGGGAACAGACCACACCCUGAAGCUGAUUCAAGACUGUCAGGUCCUGCGGGAGGUUCUCGUUGACGAUGUGACCCUCACCACCAUCACCUCGUCCCGCUCUGGCAGGGUCGUCUUCACUGGGACGUCCAGCGGCACCGUCAGAGCCAUAAAGUUCCCCUUACCUCUCCAGAAGGACUGGAUGGAGUACCAGGCCCACUGCGGGCCCAUCACCAAGAUGGUGAUCACCUGUGACGAUCAGUUCCUGCUGACGGUGUCGGAGGACGGCUGCCUGCUGCUGUGGAACAUCAUCGACAAGGAGGCACACACUCUGAGGACUGACAGGAGAACCAUCUUCACCGAUGAGAUCCUCAUCACCAAGUCUGACCUGGAGGAAAAGAACCAGAACAUGCAGGAGCUGAAGGCGCGAGUGGAGGAGCUGAAGAUGGAAAACGAGUACCAGCUCCGCCUGAGGGACAUGAAGUACAACGAGAGGAUCAAGGAGCUCUCUGAGACGUUCAGCCAGCAGGUCGAGUCACUCCAGACCACGAUCCAGGUGACGAAGACAGAGCUGGAGAGGAGGGACACUGAGCACCAGGAGAGGUUUACAGACGCUGCUGAGAAACACGCCACAGAGCUGCAGCAGCUCGAGUAUUUGGGCAGCCAGAAGCAGCUGCUGCAGCAUGAGCAGUACCAGGAGCUGCAGCACCAGAGUCAUGUGAUGCAGGAGGAGUAUGAGAGGCAGCUGGUGGAGGUGGAGGAGAGGCGGGAGCGAGGCCUGGAGGAGCUCAUGCAGCUGCACGAGGCUCAGCUGCAGGAGAAGACCCAGCUCCUGCAGCAGUGCCAGGACGAGGUGAGGAAGCAGACGCGAGAGUAUGAAGCCAUCAUAAAGCAGACGGAGGAGGACUGCGACUGGGAGGUCACCAGCGUCAGAUUCGAGUACACGAGGAAGCUGGAGACAGAGCAAGAGACCAACCUGAGCCUGAAGGGAGAAACAGGCAUCAUGAAGAAGAAGUUUGAGAGUCAGCAGAAGGAGCUGGAGGACAGACGCUCGGUCAUCAACGAGCAGAAGCAGAAGCUGCAGCAGCUGCAGGCGCUCAUCUCCUCGCUGGAGGGCGACAUCCUGGACCUGAAGAGGCAGAUCUCAGAGCUCAAGAAGGGCAUGGAGAUGAAGGAUAACGUGGUCGCCGAGCUGAAUGAGAAUAACCAGAUGCUGUCGAGGCUGCGCUUUAUUCUCAACUUGAACAUCACACACCUGCAGCAGCAGAUCCAGCCCCGAGAGAACAGCAUCCGAGAGAUGAAGGAGCUGAACCAACAGAUGGAGAUGGAGGUGGAGAAGUUCCACAAGGAGAGCGUCCAGCUGGAGCAGAGCGUGUCCGACCUGAAGCUCCGGCUGAAGGCCGUCGAGCAGGAGCUGCACAGGGAGAGGCAGAGAGGGAAAGACCUGCAGACGUACGUGAAGCGUCUCAAGACUGAGAUCCACAACUGUGUCGCCGUCAUCCAGGAGCCGAAGAAGCUCAAAGACAGUGUGCGGGGGCUGUACGCCCGCCACGUCCAGCACGCCGACGUGGAUGUGGUGGAGACAGCACGUGAAGACGCAGCCAUUCAGAGGGAGUUUGGUCAGCAGCGCGAAUACCUGGAGAAAAGCAUCGCCGCCCUGAAACUGAAGCUGGACGAGGCCACCACGGACCACGAGAAGCAAAAAACCAAGAUCCUCAAGGAGAACGUCCUCCUGAUUACGGAGAUCAAUGAGCUGCGUAAGGAGCUGGAGACGGCCAAAACUCACAUCCACAGCUACCAGACUCGGCUGGCCCUGAGCAACAAGUCCAGCAAGCCCGAGAAGUCCAAGAAACAGAGCCCUGCCGACUGCAGAGCGAUGCUGUCCGAGGAGGCGGAGCUGAAGGAAGCACAGCGAAUCAUCCAGCUGCAGCGCUCAGAGAUCCAGAGGCUGAAACAGGAGCUCGUCACACGGGACCCCGACAUUCGACCGCCACAAGACCCCUGACCUGACCCCUGACCCCUGACCUGACCCCUGA